AACAGCCAUGGUAACUAAGGAUAACGGAGGGAUUAAAUAAAGACGACUUUUCUUCCUUGAUAUGAAAAACGUCGACUGAAUUAGACAAGGAUCAAGAGUGGACAAUCAACUAAACCACCGUGAAGGUCCAUGGCCCUGCCGACCCUCUCUGCCUAUGUGCCCAGUCGGUCCCGGGUGCUGGCCGGACAGCUGGCCCGGCAGAGGGAGCAGGAGGCCCGGUGGCGGCAGCAGUGGGAGCUGCAUGCUCAGUACUUCAAGCAGCAGAAUGUCCGCAGUCAGAAACAGGCUGUGUGGAGCUCCCGGCGAUCCUACCAGCAGAGUAUGUCAGCAUACCAUGAACAGAGACUAAAGGAGGAAAAGAGAGUGAGUUUGGAGCAGCGCAGGAAUCGACUCCGCGCGAUGCUGGAAGAGGAGCAAAACCGAUUAGAGGCAGAGCUCAAGGAAGUCGUCCCUGACCGGAGCACUUUGGCAAGUCAGUUGGUGCAAAAAACUGAUGAACUUCGUGCAGCAAGAGAGGAGAGAAGAAAGAAGCUUGCACAAGAGCUGCUGAAGGAGCACUGGAAGAAAAACAACACAGACUUGCGAGAGGUUGAGUCGGCAUUACAUAAAGAUCAUGUUGUCAGCCAGUGGCAAGAGCAGAUAUCCGAGAAGAAACAGCAAAAAGAAAUAGAGCGGGAGGAGACAAGGCGCUUUGAAAAUGAGUAUGAGAGGACCCGAAAAGAAGCUCUGGAGAGGAUCAAAGAAGCAGAGGAGAAAAAGAAAGAAGGGGAGCAUCAGAGAGCAGAAGAACUUCACAAACAGAUGGAAGAACUGAAGCUGAGGGAAGAAGAGGCGACACGUCUAAAGAAGGAACAAGAGGCUCUGCUGGUACAGCAGUGGGAGCUGGAGAACAUAGAGGAAGAGAGGAGAAAGGUGGAGGAAAGGCGAAAGAAGUCUGAUAUGGGGCGUUUCCUGAUCCGACAAUAUCGUGCUCAGCUGAAGAGGAGAGCCCAGCAAGUGCAGGAGGAACUAGAGGCUGACCGCAAGAUCCUGGCAGCCUUGAUGGAAGGAGAGCAGGAGGACAGAAGGAUAGAGACAGCGCGAAGGGAAAGGGCGAUCGCUGAUGCCGCCUGGAUGAAACAUGUGAUUGAAGAGCAGCUUCAGUUAGAGAGAGAGAGGGAGGCUGAGUUUGACAUCCUUCACAGAGAAGAAGCUCAACACGUGUGGGAGAAACGAGAAGCACAAUGGGAGAAGGAGAGGAGAGCCAGAGAGCGGCUCAUGCAUGAGGUACUUAUUGGGAGACAACAGCAGCUAGAGCUGAAGAUGCAGAAGAACCGUGAGGCUCAGGAGGAGUCCCUGAAGAGACGAGAAGAGCUGAUCCAGGAGCUGGAGACAGAGAGGGAGAUCAGGCGCCGGGAGAAAGAACAAGAGGAUAGCCGCAGAACAGCACGGAUGCAGGAGAUAGAUGCUCAGGUGGAGCAGCAGCUCCAAGAGCGGUGGGAGGAGCAACGCAGGGUAGAGCAAGAAGAGGAGGAGGAAAGGGAGGCUCUCCGAAUCCAGGAGGAGGAGCUUAGGCUGGAGAUGCAGAGGAUGGCCAAGAAAGGGUACCAGGAGAAGAUUCACAGCAGACCUCGAUCAGCCUGGACAUGAACAGCCUGCAAGACUGAAAUCGAAACAAAAUUGUGAGAUGUAUAUUUUUCAUACAUGUAAUUAGUUUUAUUGCCUUAUAAAGAAACUGAGUGUUCAUGUUGGUUAUGAGGCCACAUAUUAUACAUUGUAUGUGCCAUCUUAAUAAUUUAAUGCUAGUCAUCUGUGUAUGUAGAGAACUGAUGGAAUUUUUUUUGCACUUUUUUAGCUAUUCAAGAAGUUUAUAUUUUCUAUCCUCAAUUUGUAGAAUGUAAUAAAUCUUUUCCAAUCAAAUCAGUUCAGUGUUGUGAGUCAAGGCAAGAGAAACAUAAUAAAUAAAAAUCUGGCAAACUUCAA